GGCUCGAGGCGAGAGGGCCGGCCCGCCCCCUCGCCAGCCCCCUGUCUCGGUCGCGCCCCGCCGCGCGCCGCCGCCGUCCCGCCCCGUCAGCCGGGGGCGCCCGCCGCGAGAAAGGGGCGUAUAUGACGAUGCUGCUCCUCCGCGCGCGCCAGCAGGCCCUCGCCCGGGCAGGCCAGCGUGGCGUGGCCUCGUCCGCCGUCCGCCUCGGCGGAUCCCCGCCGUUCCUGCACAUGCCCCCGCCGCCGCCGCAAGAGUUCGAGCCGGACCUCCGCCGCCGUACCCCCUGAUGCAGCCCAUCUGGGACCACGGCUACGAGUGGGAGCACUGGGCGCUGCUCCCCGCGGGCUGCUUCCAUACCGUGUACUACGGGGACUUUGCGCAGGACCGGGACUACCCGCCCUACUGGGCCUGGCUGCAGAAGUACCCCAUGUGGGUGGUGACCCCGUGGCUCGUGCUGUGGUCCCUCGUCACCAUGGUCAUCUUCCAGAACGCUGGCUCCGUGGGCAUCCGCCCCAAGCGCUAUACCGUCGAGUGGCUGCAGGCCACCAAGGAGCGCGAGCGAAUCGAGAACACCAACCCGGUAACGCGCUACCUCGAUCGGCGCCGCACCGAGCGCGGCGGCACCUGGACUGAUCGCGCAGUACAACCUGCCGUGGCACCCGUACUGGACGGGAUGUGGAUGUCCAACACCCACGACCCAGACUUCCCGGAGUACAACGUGCCUGGCACCCCGUUCUGGGGCAUGGCGACGGGUCUCAGCAAGGAGGACACCUUCCGCAUGGAGAAGACCUUCAGGAUGGACGAGGAGAGGAGUGAAGCCUGCGCAGCGCCGCCCGUCGCGGGCGGGCGGGUCUCCGCGCCCCCCCCCCUGGGCAGGCUCGGCGAUCCGGCCAGGGGAGGCACAGUCGAGGAGGAGGACGACGGUCAGGAAUGGUAGCACCGCGCCGGCACGCCGCAGCGUCGCCUGCACUGCCGGUCAGCUCGCGGAGUCCCGUUGAGAGAACUGCUCCCCUCUCCCCACGCCGCUCGUCACCCUGUGCGGUGCGCGCGCGGGGAGGAGCGGGAGGUGCCCAGCAUUGGGUUGUCCUUUGACACUCGGCCUCUGGAGUUCGAGGUGUCACUCAGCUGCUCCUGUUCUCAGUGUGUAAUCACUGUGCGCCACUUGGGCUUCCCCCUUUCGCCCCCGCUUCGCUCCCUUCCCCUCCGCUCGGGUGGGCGCACGCCCUCGGGACUCCGAGCCUCCGUCGCCUUGCAAGGUCGAUGGCGGCACACGGAUCCUUUUUCGCGCUCCCUGCUCGUCUCAGGCUCCGUGUGCCGAGCACUCUCUUUGGAAACUGCUCCGUGCAUGCGGUCAUGAUGCGAUGUAGCUGCUGCGUUCCCCGUCUUCGUUUUAUUCGCCUGGGUCGGGGGCGCUCGCCCGCAGGCAUUUUCAUCCCGCGACCACCCGCGCACCGCCCAAGCCGACGGUCGCCGACGACGAUCCUCCCUGCCCUUCCUGCUCCCCCCUCGCCGGCCCUCGCCUUCUGCC